GAAUUCCCACAGUACUUUCGCUUUGCCCGAAUUCAUUAUUCGUCUUUACACGGUAGGCAUGCCGUAAACAAAAGUGUGUAGAGUUGAAGCUUGACGAGAAGUUUCAUGUAGAUUAAGUAACUGAAGACAUUGAAAAUGUGAAGAUAAGUUUUCAUGAAGAUUGUCACAUAUGUACUGAUUCAAUAUCAAGCUAUAAAUAGAACUGACGUGGGGGUAUGUAUCUGUUAUUACUUGCCAUGGCCUGGCUAUGAAUACUUAUUCCCUUCAAUUAGUGUGUGACUACAAUCAUCUGUAUGUGUGUCAGGAGGGUUAGGCAGCAUCUCAGACCACCUUCAGACACCAAGUUCGCCGCAUGAGGGACAUACAGGUCACUUGAGGUGGUAUCUAUCCCUAACCACAAGCCAUGGCAGAGGGACACGAGCCGGGUGUUCAAGGUUUCAAGAAAUCAACUUCUCAACACAAGAAAAGAACGUACAACAUAAUCAUCACUGCAGAAUUCUGGAAUACCCUGGGUGAAGGAGACUCUGACCGUGAUGCGCCGGUACUACGUAUCGAGAGGAAAGGUGUAGAGGACGGACACAGGCUGCAUGCUGCAGUCAUUACACGGUGGACACUUCACACAACUGGGAACACCAUCGACAUCUUGAUGCAGAUUGGAAGUGAAGCCUUUACUCGGUUGCAUCAUUUCGUUGACGACCUGGAAAAUGAAUAUGGCGCAGAACUACUUCAUAUCACGAGUGGUCUGACGUUUGUAUUCAGACACAGACAGGUUACAUCUGAGAACAAGAUGGUUGCAGACAAAGACAGCGUGAUGCACCGAUUCCAAAGUCUUCUCCAUGGUUUGGGAGUCAAGUCUUUUCAUGUGUCGUUUGAUGGACAUGGCGAAACUGGUCGAGAAGGGAACAGUGAUUCAGCAAUGUCUGCUUCAGAAGAUCAGCUGGAGCUACUUGAAAAACGGCUGGAGGAACGUAUGUUGUGCCAAACUAAGAAUAUGGAAAAUUUCAUCAACAAUGUGAUCCUGCAAACUCAAACACAUAUCGGAAAAGAACUUGACAAAAUUCGCUCACUCAUACACACGAAACGGGAUACUACUCCUGGACGACCAGCCCCUCUAUCGGAGACGAGCAAAGUGGAACAUGAGAACAGUGCAGUUCUAACAGACCAGGGCAAUGAUCUCACCUGCGGAGGCAAAAGUCCACUGAAACAGUGUAAUGAAUUUGAAGAACUUGAUGGCCAUACACAGAAGACUUCCUCCAAUUCAGCUUCUGUCAGAGCUGAACUUCCUUCCCACAAUGACAAAAAGGAGACUGCAAACAGUGGAAGGCAGGGGCCGCCUGCUGACGUUACAUCUACAUCCAGUAAAGGGCCUUCAGUUGAUGGUACUUCGAAGAAAUUCAGGCGUUCCAAUACCACUGCAAAAAGAUCCCAGAGCUUCCAACACCCUCCAUCACGAAGUGAAUUGAUUCACAAGAAUCUACAUCAGGCUCGGGAAGUAUUAACUGCCUUGAAUAUCAAUCUUGACGGAUGGAGAGAGUUAACGGAGUCUACAGCCCUGGCCUUAGAACCUGCAAACCCUCAAGCACCAAGAUCUACAUCAGCAUCAACUGUUUUGUGUCUAGAUGUCUCUGGAAGUAUAGUCGACCACGGUUUAAAGGAACUGAAAGAAACUGCACACAGUUUUAUUGACGGUAUCGAGUCAAUGGCAGAACGGUAUGGGUUGGAGGAGAACAUUGGGGUGGUGAGAGUUGGGGGAGAAGCAGCAGUGGCUCAAGACAUAACAAAUGACUAUGGGGCUGUCAGAGAUGCAAUAGAUAACCUGGUUCCCGGAGGUCCGAGCCCGUUGUUUGCAGGCCUAGUUGUUUCUGUAGCAUCGAUCAAAGGAAGAACUGGUAUUUUAAGCAUGGGAGGAGUUCACAACAUAAAGCCCAGAAUCAUCUUCAUGACGGAUGGAUACGCAUCAUCCGACGCACAAAGGGAAGGCCAGGAUGCUUUUACUCAUGAUUCUACUGUACAGGUUCAGCUGAUCCACGUGGAAUACGCCCCACUUGUUCUGACGUUCCAGCACUGUGUGGGUUCAGACAGGAAAACAUUGGUGUCCAGAAAGCACAAGGUUCUUCUGUUGGUGAAAGAAUUCCUAAAACAUUCCAUAGGCUCUGAACAUUUGGAAACUUUGAAUAUUGAAAUACUUGAUAGAAAACCAAUUGUCCUUGGAAAUUUACAUUAUCAGUACUGCGUGGAGGAAAAUCCCCGAAUGCAGUCAGCAACAAGACACAAGGAAAUACCACAUGAGAUUCCAGAUACAAUAGAAAAGAGAUUUAAGAGUAUUGAAGAGCAACUUUCUCACCAGAAGGAAUUAAUGGAAUCUCAAUUUUUUGGUCAAGAAAAACAAUAUGAAGACAUUCGGUUGUCACUAUGCAGCAUUUCUGCGACCUUGGGUUUUACUGAUAAUAAACAAAAACUGUGGAGCAAGGAGGUUCAGCCAAAUAUCCUCGAUCUCUCUGAACCCGACCUUGAAAGUUUGGAUUCAAUUUAUCAUACCAAAACAGAAAUACUUACUGAAAAAGAGGAAAAUACAAAUGAACUACAGAGAGAGGAUAUGGCGGACGGGAAUGACAAGGAAACGUCUGUGCUUGGUGAGACGAGGAAGUUGUCCAAACAAAAUGUACAUGGCAAAUCAGAGCAGGAAAUCAACAGUGUCGUUGACGGAAAUUACCCUAAAGCAGUGGAUAUGAAAGGUACCUCGUUUGGAAACAAAGGUGAAGAUCGACAGCCUGGACAUUCGUCACCACACACCAAACAGAACUCAGGUCCGUCCCAGAAAGGUCGAUUACCAACUGAGAGAAGUCAAUACAAUGAUGGGAGCUUUGUCAGUAAGGUACCAAGCAGGACCAAUGGGUUAAGAAGGCAGUACACUGACGAGGUGAAGGGCGGAAAUGUAUACCCUAGUGGUAACUACAGAAGCAGGCAAUACGUAAAUACAUACGACAAUAUCCACCCCACACCUCAAGAAAGGAAUCAAACGGCGUAUGGGCCUGUUGUCGGUAGGCGGAACCAGUUGAAACCACAUUACACACAGUCCCAGAGAGGAGAAACGCCAGCAUCACCUCGACUUCGAGAAAUGUUUUUUGGAAACGGUACUACGUCAUCAGAGUACGAUCCCUUCCCCGAUAUACAAACAGAGGAUCUCAAUUUUGAUAUGAUCAAGAGUACACAAUGCAUUGUAUCGGCUCAAGAAAGCAACUAUGGCGACCCAAGAAAGGAGAACAUCAACGGAGACGAAGAAAGGGAAAAACACUAUCGUCUGAUGUUAGAAUGUAUCAUUGGUGAUAGUCCCUACUGGAGCAGAAUAUGGGCGAGUGUGCAGGAAGCACUACUCGAAGAUGAGAGUCCUGUUCCACGAUAUGGUCUGGCCCUGGAUACAGUCAUAUGUAUGGAUACAUCCAGCAGCAUGUGGGGCGAUCCUUUCAAUGAAAUGAAGAAAAUCGCCCUUGAUUUUAUCAACGGAAUCGAGGACAUUGCAGAGCGACAUGAUCUUGAAGAAAAUAUUGCCCUCGUUACCUUUGGAGGACGGGCCAAGGUAGUUCACCACUUAUCCAACGACUAUGGGAGUCUUAGAGAUGCACUAGAAAACAUCACACCCGGGGGCCCCUCCCCAAUCAUGGAAGGCGUUCUUGUCUCACUGGCGUGUCUGGCGAAAGGCGGUGUCUUCAAGAUCAGGAACAGUCUGCAACUUCGGCCACGACUUAUAUUCAUAACGGAUGGUCUACCAACAAGAGAGAUGCCUGAGACUUCAGCGGAUGGUAUCUGUACAGAGGUUGAGGAUAGAGGUCGAAUCUCAAGAGCAUUUGCGGAGGUUAGAAGCAGACAGCACGAAGAUUAUCUUCCUGACGAAAUCGUUUUUGUUCCUGUUGGAGCCUUUUGCAACAUGAGUUGUCUCCAGGCCCUUGCGUCAUUCUGUUAUGGAAAAGUGGCAGACGCGACAUCACUGGCGAGGUUGCCAAAAUACCAAUUUCUGCACAAAAGUGCGAUUCAUGUAAUUGAUUACAUACGAGACAACGAUCAAACCUCGGCAACGUUCCGUGCAGGAUUACAUGAGGUGUUUCUGGAACUGGAACCUAGUCUCGACCAGUCGGACAGGCGGGAUCUGCACAGCCUACUUGCUCCUAAGGUUGACUCCAUGAUCAACCAUGGCUCAAUCUACAACUUCCAAAAUGUACAUGAGGACCCGGAACUGCCUCCCCUCGGCUCCAGAGUUGUCCGAGGCCCAGACUGGCUGUGGGGUAAUCAAGACACUGAGGCGCCAGGGACAAUAUUCAACCAUGCACUCGACAACAUUGUGUGGGUGAUCUGGGACAACGGCCACUCGAACGUGUACAGGUAUGGACAGAAGGACAAGUACGAUGUCAUCACAGUGGAGGACCAGCCUCGAGACAUCGACGACUACUCGAUUGCUGUCGGUGUUCAGGUUGAAAGAGGUGCGGACUGGCAUUUUCUGUAUGGGAAUCAGGAUGGUGGUCCUGGAAACUACGGCACCGUCAUUCGAAUUACGACGGGGAAGGUCAAGGUUCGGUGGCAGAAAGGUGGAAUGUACACAUACAGAUACGGCGUCGGUGGACUGUUUGACUUAUCUAUUCGUGACCCUGUUGCCUCCAUCCUUGAAACAACUGCAAAAUCAGAUGAAGGUUCAAGCCGUAUUUCAGUGGGGCCAGGACAUGGCCAGAGGCUGCAAGAGUCUGAAAACAGGCCGUACGUUUGGCAGAGGCGGGACAACCAGGAAGGCUGGGAAUCAUACACAGAAAUCAAUGAUGCUAAACUGAAGAAGGAAUAUGGGAAAAAUCGCGAAAGGCUCAUGCUUAAUUCAGAGAAAAGGGGAGAGUUUCAGGGUAUCAUUCAAAUCCCUGCAAGAGCGCUCUGUAACUGACAAAACCUGGGUUCCUGUGCGAAAAUGUUUUCAAUAGAUCUAUCUAGUCAUCAUUGAAGUGUGAAGAUUUGAUAAUUAACAACACUACAGGGUUUGUGGGAUCUGCACGUGAUGUCUUCACAUUUCCACAAAGUUUACAAACGAUUUAUAAAAUAUAGCGAUAGUGUUUAUCUAUACUUAUACUAUUUAGCAUAUUUUAAUGCUCUGCCAUAGAGUAGAUCGUUUUGACUAUAUCUACAUGGCCAUCUUAGUACACAAUAUCACAGUUUCUAAGAUGCCUAGCGGUUAGAACAAUCGGCAAAAAAAUACAUUAUGAGACAAUAAAUUAAAGGUAUUGUUUUUUU